AUGCUGGGGCGGAGGGCGCAGUGGCUGUGCUGGUGGUGGGCGCUGCUGUGCAGCUGCUUCGGGCCCCCGCCUCUGCGGCCCCUCCCGCCCGCCGCCGCCGCCGCCUCCGCCGAGGGCGCGCUUCUCGGGGACGGCGGCGGCCAGAGCCCGGGCCGCGCGGAGCAGUCGCCCCCGCCGCCGCCCUCCUCCUCCUCCGGUUUCCUCUACCGGCGCCUCAAGACGCACGAGAAGCGGGAAAUGCAGAAGGAGAUCCUUUCGGUGCUGGGGCUCCCACACCGGCCACGGCCCCUUCACGGCCUCCCUCAGUCCCCGGCGCUCCAGCAGCAGCAGCCUCCCGGGGAGCCCCCGCCCGGGCGGCUGAAGUCGGCGCCCCUCUUCAUGCUGGAUCUGUACAACGCCCUGUCCGCUGACGACAAUGACGACGAUGAGGGGUUGUCGCCGGAGGAGCGGCGGCGACCCCGGCCGCGGGGAACCGGCAGCUCGCCGCAGCCCCCGCAGCCGCACCCCGGCGCCGCACACCCCCUCAACCGCAAGAGCCUACUGGCCGCGGGACCCGGCGGCGGCGGCGGCGCGUACUCUCUGACCAGCGCGCAGGACAGCGCCUUCCUCAACGACGCAGACAUGGUCAUGAGCUUUGUGAACCUGGUGGAGUACGACAAGGACUUCUCCCCUCGCCAUCAACACCACAAAGAGUUCAAGUUCAACUUAUCCCAGAUUCCUGAGGGUGAGGCGCUGACGGCUGCAGAAUUCCGAAUCUACAAGGACUGUGUUAUGGGGAGUUUUAAAAACCAAACUUUUCUUAUCAGCAUUUACCAAGUCUUACAGGAGCAUCAGCACAGAGACUCUGACUUGUUUUUGUUGGACACCCGCGUCGUGUGGGCCUCAGAGGAAGGCUGGCUGGAAUUUGACAUCACGGCCACGAGCAAUCUGUGGGUCGUGACCCCUCAGCAUAACAUGGGACUUCAGUUGAGUGUGGUGACAAGGGAUGGUCUCAGCGUCAGCCCGCGAGCAGCUGGCCUGGUGGGCAGAGACGGCUCAUACGACAAGCAGCCUUUCAUGGUGGCCUUCUUCAAAGUGAGCGAGGUCCACGUCCGCACCACGCGGUCAGCCUCCAGCCGGCGCCGACAGCAGAGCCGAAACCGCUCCACCCAGUCCCAGGACGUGUCCCGGGUCUCCAGUGCCUCAGAUUACAACAGCAGUGAGCUGAGAACGGCCUGCAGAAAGCAUGAGCUCUACGUGAGCUUCCAGGACCUGGGAUGGCAGGACUGGAUAAUUGCACCCAAGGGCUAUGCUGCCAAUUACUGUGAUGGAGAAUGCUCCUUCCCCCUCAAUGCACACAUGAACGCAACGAAUCAUGCCAUCGUACAGACCCUGGUCCACCUUAUGAAUCCCGAGUAUGUCCCCAAACCAUGCUGUGCGCCAACCAAACUAAACGCCAUCUCGGUUCUCUAUUUUGAUGACAACUCCAAUGUCAUCCUGAAAAAGUACAGGAACAUGGUGGUAAGAGCUUGUGGAUGUCACUGACUGGAAGCUAGCUGCUGGGGAUUCUGCCUCAGAUUCCUGGAUUACGUCUGCCUUAAAAACACACAGGAGUGUGGGAGAAAGGAAUGGGACUUUGAAUCACUCACCUGCCGGUGCCUUACUGCCCAAGGAAGACUUUCAAGGACUUUGCUAGUCAUUUGCUCCCUUGGUAAAUAACGUGAGAAGCUGGUUUGUAGGAAGCUGAGCUUGAAUGUCUGUAUGUCGGUUAACUACAGUAGCGUAACUUCAAAGGGUUUUCCCAGGAAAUGCCCACCAAAAUUAGUUUUACUUUUAGAUCAAGCUAUUUGUGGUAUUUGUGAGUAAACAGGGAAAAUAACCUUAAAGGAGUAAAGCUAUUCUAGGUUGACCUCAUAAGCCAGUUCAUAGAGUCUGCCAAAGGAAGACUUUACAGAUGACAGAA